AUGAGAAGCUCUGCUCCCACCAGAGCUUUAGUUUCAAUCUCAACCUUCUUUUUUCUACUAACCUGUCUCAGUAUUACCUACUCUGUGACAGACCAUACCCACAAAGAAACCCUCAAGCUUGUUUUAAGUGGCCACCAUAGGGGAGGCAGCAAAGAUAGAAGCCAUAGAAAGCAAAUAAGCCCACCACAAGCACCUCCAGAUUUACCAAACACAAAAGAACUUGUGUUUGCAGAUCAAAAGCUUGAGCUAGUGUACCCAAUUAUCCAAAAAUUCAAGUCCACCAUCACCUCAGAUCCUCUAGGCAUCACCAAAACUUGGGUAGGCUCCAAUAUUUGCAGCUACAGAGGCUUCUAUUGUGACAACCCCCCAAACAACAGCUCUGCAAUUGCCCUGGCCUCCAUUGACUUCAAUGGUUUUCAACUUGGUGCUUCUUCACUUGAUGGGUUUCUUGACCAACUCCCUGAUAUUGCCCUCUUCCAUGCAAAUUCCAACAAUUUUUCAGGCACCAUCUCUGCCAACAUUGCCAAGCUCCCCUAUCUCUAUGAGCUUGACCUAAGUAACAACCAAUUCUCUGGUCCUUUUCCCAGUGUUGUUCUUGGGAUGAGCAACCUCACUUUCUUGGACAUAAGGUUCAAUUUUUUCACUGGGUCAGUUCCACCUCAGAUAUUCACUCAGGACCUUGAUGCCCUGUUCAUUAACAACAACAAUUUCAUGCAGAAGCUUCCUGAUAAUUUGGGUAGCUCUCAUAUUCUUCUCCUCACCUUAGCAAACAACAAGUUCAUGGGCCCAAUUCCACCAGGCAUUUCCAAAGCCUUUUCUGCUCUGACUGAAGUUCUGCUCCUAAAUAACCAGUUAACAGGUUGUCUGCCUUAUGAGAUUGGGUUACUAAAGGAGGCCAUAGUGUUUGAUGCAGGCAAUAACCAAUUGACUGGCCCUUUGCCAUUCUCUCUGGCUUGCCUGGAGAGUGUGGAGCAGCUCAACUUUGCUGGUAAUUUGUUGUAUGGCAUGGUGCCAGAGGUGGUCUGUGGGCUGCAGAAUUUGGUAAACUUAUCAUUGUCUGAUAAUUAUUUCACAAACGUUGGUCCUCUUUGUAGAAUGUUGAUUGGUAGAGGAGUGCUUGAUGUUAGGAACAACUGCAUUCCUGAUCUUCCAUUCCAAAAAUCAAUUGAAGAAUGUGCAGAUUUCUUUGCACACCCAAGGUUGUGUCCCUACAUUGGAUCUUACACUUACAUUCCCUGUAAGUUUCCUCAUUUUGGUUCUUCUGCUACAUUACUUCCUCAAGUGGCUCCCUCGCCUUGA